GGCAGUGGCUUUGUGAUCAUUGCUUUGAUGGCUUACUUUUGCAUUGCACUUGAAGCUUGAGCGCUUGAGCCAUCGAGGUACAUGAGCUUACAAGUUAACUUCACUCCUAGCUCACCCACACGCUCAAGGCUCGAUCUCCGUAUCCUGAUGCGGUUGUCUCUGGCCGGCGUACUUUUAUUUUAUCAGGUUUGGAGCAGAAGUUCACCAGUCUUGUUGAGUUAUCUUACUCCAAUGGUGCCUUGUAGCAUUGACAACCAUGAGUCACCUAGUUAUUGUAGGUGUUUAUCUUGUCGGGCGGAGCAGAACCAGACGGUCCUGGUCCAGACCCCUUUUCUUAGUUACCUCCCUUGCUGUUCCCCGUGGGGUCGUAUCAUAUCUGUUGACAAUCCUGGGAUUGACAGAGACAAAUCAAUCCACUCUAUCAUCAACUGCCUCGUAUAUCAGCUUAACCGCACUUACCAUCAUCAUCAUGUUCAACAACAACACCGAGCAAUGCAACUGCACCUCCAACUGCAACUGCCAGGUUGGUAGCUGCAACUGCAAGAACUAAAUAUCGCGCGCGAGUGCACCUGCCUUGCCGUGUGUAUAAACAUAAACAUAUCAGCCGUUUGACGUGACUUGUACUGUUGUAUUGAAAUGCCAG